GGCGCCGGCCGCGUCCCACCGCCGCCGCGCCGCCCCGGUGUCGGGUCCUCGCCUCGCUCGCCGCCCCCUCCACCCCACCUUCCGCUCGCACUUCUGACUCGGGCUGCUUCUCCCCGGUCGGACCCGGGACCUCGGACGCACACGGGCCAGCCCCGUUCCCCUGCCUUCCCCCGCUCCCGCUCUGGAGAGACGGGAGCAUCCAUCCUUAACGUUCCGUUUACCUUCAGCCUCCUCACCGGCCCCGGGCUGUUCUGUUACUCCCACCCUAACCCCAGGGACACCGAAUCCCAAAUUCCUGAUUGAGAUUAGUUCUUCCUUUGUUUUCUUAACUGUUACUUAUUAGCCUGGGUAUUUCUGGUUUUCUGUCAGUAUCUUUUACAAAGGUGUAUAUUUUGUGCGGUGGACAGGAGGGGUUGGAAGUGAGAUGAGGCCUGUUCACAGGUUAACGUUUCUGGGCUGUGUUCUGUGAUGCUUGAUUGACCCUUGAAGUAAUGUGAACAGAAGUUCUCAAAUGUGUUUCUUAUAACCACUGAACCCAGCACUGUAUCUUCAUGUUCACUUAAAUAAGAACUUGCCUAAGAAAGAGAAUGGGAGUCUGGUUAAACAAAGAUGACUUUCUCAGAGACUUGAAGCGGAUCGGUCUCUGUCUUCUGAUAGUGUUUGUGGUCAUUGUGGUAGGCACGGAUCAGAAUUUUUACAGUUUACUCGGAGUAUCUAAAACUGCAAGCAGUAGAGAAAUAAGACAAGCCUUUAAGAAAUUAGCACUGAAGUUACAUCCUGAUAAAAACCCGAAUAACCCAAAUGCACAUGGUGAUUUUUUAAAAAUAAAUAGAGCAUAUGAAGUCCUCAAGGAUGAAGAUCUGCGGAAGAAGUAUGACAAGUACGGGGAGAAGGGACUUGAAGAUAACCAGGGGGGCCAGUAUGAGAGCUGGAGCUACUACCGCUAUGAUUUCGGUAUUUACGAUGAUGAUCCUGAAAUCAUAACAUUAGAAAGAAGAGAAUUUGAUGCUGCUGUUAAUUCUGGAGAACUGUGGUUUGUAAACUUUUACUCCCCAGGAUGUUCACAUUGCCACGAUUUAGCCCCCACUUGGAGAGAGUUCGCUAAGGAAGUGGAUGGGCUACUCCGCAUUGGAGCUGUCAACUGCGGCGAUGACCGGAUGCUCUGCCGGAUGAAAGGAGUCAGCAGCUACCCCAGCCUCUACGUCUUCAGGACUGGAAUGGCUGCAGUGAAGUAUAACGGAGAUCGGUCAAAGGAAAGCUUGGUGAGCUUCGCCAUGCAGCACGUCCGGAGCACAGUGACGGAGCUGUCCACAGGGAAUUUUGUUAACGCCAUAGAAACUGCUUUUGCUGCUGGUAUCGGCUGGCUGAUCACGUUUUGUUCUAAAGGAGAAGAUUGUUUGACUUCACAGACACGACUCAGGCUCAGUGGCAUGUUGGACGGUCUUGUCAGCGUGGGAUGGGUGGACUGUGACACCCAGGACAGCCUCUGCAAGAGUUUGGACGUCACAGCAAGUACCACUGCUUAUUUUCCUCCCGGAGCCACUUUGAAUAACAGAGAAAAAUCCAGUGUUUUGUUCCUUAAUUCAUUGGAUGCUAAGGAAAUAUACAUGGAAAUCAUACAUCAUCUUCCAGACUUCGAACUGCUUCCAGCAAAUAAACUAGAGGAUCGUUUGGCGCAUCAUCGCUGGCUCGUGUUUUUUCAUUUUGGAAAAAAUGAAAAUGUAAAUGAUCCUGAAUUGAAAAAACUGAAAACUCUGCUUAAAAAUGAGCAUAUUCAAGUUGGAAGGUUUGACUGCUCCUCUGCACCGGGCAUCUGCUCUGAUCUCUACGUUUUCCAGCCCUGUCUAGCAGUGUUUAAAGGACAAGGAACCAAAGAGUAUGAGAUCCAUCAUGGAAAGAAGAUUCUAUACGAUAUACUUGCUUUUGCCAAAGAAAGUGUUAAUUCCCAUGUUAUCACGCUUGGACCUCAGAACUUCCCUGCAAGUGACAAGGAACCAUGGCUUGUUGACUUCUUUGCCCCGUGGUGCCCGCCCUGUCGAGCUCUUUUGCCAGAGUUACGGAAGGCAUCGACACUGCUCUAUGGCCAGCUCAAAGUUGGCACACUAGACUGCACAGUUCACGAAGGGCUCUGCAGCAUGUAUAACAUCCAAGCUUAUCCAACGACAGUGGUAUUCAACCAGUCCAGCAUACAUGAGUAUGAAGGGCACCACUCUGCGGAACAAAUCUUGGAGUUCAUAGAGGAUCUGAGAAACCCUUCGGUGGUAUCUCUGACACCCGCCACUUUCAAUGAGCUAGUCAAACAGAGGAAGCAUGACGAAGUCUGGAUGGUGGAUUUCUAUUCUCCGUGGUGCCAUCCCUGUCAGGUCCUCAUGCCAGAGUGGAAACGAAUGGCCCGGACAUUAACUGGACUGAUCAGUGUAGGCAGUGUGGACUGCCAGCAAUAUCAUUCUUUUUGUACCCAAGAAAAUGUUCAGAGAUAUCCCGAGAUAAGAUUUUAUCCCCAAAAGUCAAAUAAAGCUUAUCAGUACCAUAGUUACAACGGCUGGAAUAGGGACGCCUACUCCCUGAGAAGCUGGGGACUCGGAUUUCUACCCCAAGCGUCCAUAGAGUUAACACCUCAGACUUUCAGCGAGAAAGUUUUAGAGGGGAAGACUCACUGGGUGGUUGAUUUCUAUGCUCCUUGGUGUGGACCUUGCCAGAACUUUGCUCCAGAGUUUGAACUCUUGGCUAGGAUGAUCAAAGGAAAAGUGAAAGCUGGGAAAGUGGACUGCCAGGCUUACCCCCAGACAUGCCAGAAAGCAGGCAUCAAAGCCUACCCGAGUGUUAAAUUUUACCGCUAUGAAAGAUCAAAGAAAAGUAUUUGGGAAGAGCAAAUAAAUUCCAGAGAUGCAAAAACUAUUGCUGCCUUAAUUUAUGGAAAAUUGGAAACUCUCCAAAGCCAAGGAAAGAGAAACAAGGAUGAGCUUUGAUGAUGUUGAAGAAAAAAAAUCUUUUAAGAAAAAAGAAUCUGGAGAAUCACAUCAGAAGAUCCGUUUUCAAACGUUAAGAUGCUCUUGAGGAAGCAGACGCAGUGACCUUGGCCUUGCAGUUGCCCUGUGCGAGCCGAGCUCCUCUGUGUGCCGCAGCCUGCAGACACUUCCUGUCUGAGACGGAGAGGAGGCCACACGUGGUUCUUGGCUGCAUCUCUGUUGUUGUUGUUAAUCCCUUUGGAAAUGCACACACCAUUCUUAGCUCAGGGCCAUACAGGAGUGCUCCCUAGGCCAGUGCAGUCCAGGCGCUGGUUCGCUGGCCACCAGGCUGAUGUCUGUGCAUCUGUUAUAUUCUGUCUGUACAGAGUGGACUUGGGUUUCUACUGUGAUCUUACGAUGGUCCUGACAGAAAGUGACUUGGUUUUCCGUCACCCCUCUACAAAUUCUGCCUUUGACCAUAUAUUUUAUUUUGACUACUUUCACAAUAUAGCAAAACAAAAGUGCACCGAUUUUUCAUACUGUGUACUGUGUAUAUACAGAGUUCUCCUUUUGUUUCCUUGUAAGAAUUGGAGAAAUAUUCUUAACACAACAGUGAAUGUAAAACUUGUAAGCUAUGAUUCUAGAACAAAGUAAGGGAAGUAUCGACAGCAGUUAAAGGACAGCAUCGGAGUCCCCUGUCUUCACGGGCGCACAUUCGUGUGCUUGCUUCCAUAAAUAUGUUCCUGCUGACGGUUUGGUUUGUGUUGUUUGCGGUGUCUCCUGAUGUUUACACAUUUGCCUCUGGGGUCUCUGUUCUCAUCAUUCACGUUGAUUUCUUCUGUCCAGUCUUCACAGUUCAGAUAGGAACAGUAAUUUUACAUUUAUUUUAACGUGACUCAUGGUGAUAUUGUUCCUCAGUUAUUCCUGUCAAAUGAUGUCUUUUUCAGUAAAGAAUUGCCAUAGCAACUGCAGUUAUUUUUACUGAAAUCAAGCACAUGAUGGACUCUCUCCAUUUCUCAGUUGUUUAGACUAAAGGGCCACAAGGUUUCUCCUGCGACUCAAAACCCUGAGUGCCCUACAUUUUAAUUCUCAGAGUGUGGGGGAUGGUCAGAGGACACCAGUGAAUAAAGUCAAAUGAUUGUUUUUAAAUUCUCUUGAAGAUCGUUGUGUUCGGAAGAUUUUUAUCACCAUACCGUACUCCCUCGUCUGCAUAAAGCUUACAGCUUAGGUAUGACUUAUAGAAAAGCAGCGUGCUCUGUUCUCAGCGCUAACCCAUUCAGCUCCUGUUUUAUUGCUCGGCUCCCCUGACUCAUUAUUUUGUACAUGUGAGCAGACAUGGCAGUUACCAUUCCUAACCUACCUUUUGAAUCAUGACUGAUAAUGGCAAAAACCUUUCACAUACUAAAUUUGAAAACAUGGAAUUUCUUUUUUAAAUGGCUUGUUUAUGUGAAAUCCCACAAAUGACUGCCCAGUGGAGUCUUGGAAAAGGUCUGCUGAGGUAGAGGACAAGCCACAUGCAUUCUGCUGUAUGGAGGCACAGAGUACACAAAGGAGCCUACAGACCACCUUCCUGUCACAGACACGUCAGUAAUUGCUAGGUACUGAUACUACUGCCUGUAAUUAUUUCCUGUACUUGUUGAUAAACAUUUUAUAGGCAGUAAAUUGAACAGUGUCUGUUUUCUUUCCUUAAGCUAUAUGCAGAUAGAAGGUGCCUGGAAACCAGAACAUCCUGGGACAUCAGGUUACGUCGCCUGGGUCUAGAAUGACCCACCUCAACACUCAACAGUGUUGCUGGAUCUUCCAGAACUGGCUGGCAGACUGAUGUCUGAAUGAGAACACCUCUGAGGAGUACCAGUGUAGCGUGCAGUUUUCAGCAGCAACGCCAUUCUCGCACACAACUCGUCCUAGCAUACCAGAGCAGGCUGUGGACAUGAAUGCCUUCUUAUCCAAGAGUGCAUUACUAUAGGGACUGGGGAGUGGUUCACUGGGUAAAGCACAUUGACACAUUGACCAUGCAAGCCUAAAAACCCAAGAACGCAGCUAAAGCCAGAGGAGGUGGAGUGUACUUCCGUAAUUCCAGCAUUCCUGGGUGGGAUUGGAAGGCAGGGACCCUGUCUCAAAGCAGAAGGUGAAAACAUGCUCAAGACUGUUCCUGACAUAAACAGACGUGCUGCGGCAUGCCUGUGCCUGUACACACAGAUCUUAAAACUGAUUGCAUAGACAAAUGAGGCGGUUAUAUAACUUUCUCUAAAGUUUAAAUUGUUUCCCUCCAGUUCUCACUGGAUGUGCAGUUAUUAAAAAGAUACAGUUUCUCGUGGUCCAGUCUUUGAUGAUGUAUAAAAGCAAAGAGUUUAAGGAGAGGAUAGUGCAGCGGUCUACUCCUGGUUCUUUAAGUCGGCCAGCAAAGCCAGGUGAGAGUCUAAAUUAGGUCAAGUUCAUUCCGUCCUGACCUAGAAAUAGUACAGUGUUUUCUCACAUACCUACACAACAGUGUUACUUAUGAAAGUGAGAAGGGCUCUUCUGUUAGCAGCCUGCGUUACACAUCCUCAAUUCUG